UCCAGCUUGAGAGAGAGAGAGAGAGAGAGAAAGAGAGAGCGACAGGGCUAGAGACUUCAGUGCUUCAAUGGCGUCAGGAGGAGGCAGCGUGGAGUGGCACUUGAGACCACCAAACCCAAAAAACCCGAUCGUCUUCUUCGAUGUUACCAUCGGUACCAUCCCUGCUGGUCGUAUCAAAAUGGAGCUCUUCGCUGAUAUUGCCCCUAGAACCGCCGAAAAUUUCAGGCAGUUUUGCACAGGCGAGUACAGAAAAGCUGGAUUACCAGUUGGUUACAAAGGAUGUCAAUUUCAUAGAGUGAUUAAAGAUUUUAUGAUUCAAGCUGGUGAUUUUCUUAAGGGUGAUGGUAGUGGUUGCGUUUCUAUUUAUGGGCUUAAGUUUGAGGAUGAAAAUUUUGUUGCUAAACAUACCGGCCCUGGUCUACUUUCAAUGGCAAAUAGUGGGCCAAAUACCAAUGGUUGUCAGUUUUUCAUCACCUGUGCAAAAUGUGACUGGCUUGACAAUAAGCAUGUUGUAUUCGGGAGGGUACUUGGAGAUGGUCUUUUGGUUGUCCGAAAGAUUGAGAAUGUUGCCACGGGACCCAACAACCGACCAAAAUUACCAUGUAUUAUUGCAGAAUGCGGAGAAAUGUAGGGGGUUCAAGAACAGCCCUGACGAUGAUUAAUUACAAGCAUUUUUGUAAUCCUUGCAGGAACAGUAUAUCUUAAUUCACUUACCUUUGACCUGCACAUUUCUCAAAAUGGAGUUGGAGAGGGACUCCCUCAAUGCAGCAGCCUUGUGGAGUUAUAAUUUGUUGUAUAUGACAAUUUCUUAACAUGGUUUGGGAGCUUUUAAGGAUAUUUUCAUGAUUGAUGAUAGAUUUGCUCUA